CGUUCCUUAAAAAAAGAAAAAAGAAAAAAAAAAAAAAAAAGAUAGACGGUCCUAAAUAUUUUAGCCGACAAAAAAUUAAAACAUGUAUCGGUUAAAUCCAGGCUUGGUGUCGUUUAAAAUAGAACAAAUUUUCGCUAAUCAUGUUUAGCACUUAAAAUAAGGGACAAAGAGCUUGUGUGAACGAAGCAAGGUUGCGGUGAACAUAAGGUCUAGCUAUCUGGCUAACGAUUGGAAAACAGCACGCAGAACAAGGGGGCAUAUGAGCAAGAGGGGCAGGGUGGGAGAGUGUAGCAGGCCCCGUUCAUCUCUUUCCCAAUCUAAAAGAUGGAUGCAUAGUGAGAAGAGGAGUGGUGUGGAGAAACGUCCCAUGCAUCUGAGAGUAAUUUCUUCAACAAUGGAAAAGAUGCCAAGCAUAUUUGCUGAAACUCAGAAAAGGAAUUGUAUAUCACUUGGGCUUGAAUGGAUUAAACAUUAGCAGUCUUUGCCUGUAAUGAACUAACACAUGGCACUUGGAGAAAUCUAUCCAUAUCUAGGAUGCUCAUGAACUCAAGUAUGUAACCAAGAAAAGUCUUAUCUAGUCAUCUUGGUUUUGUUUCAUAACAAAAGCAUCAAUAAGCACUUUCAAAAUGUGAAAAUAAAGUGUCACCAUAUGUGAUUUGCACAUCUUCUCACUUACAUUACAUAAAAGACCAAAUCAAAUCCAUUAACAUUAAUGACGGACUGACCAAUGUGCAAUUCAAGGAAAACAUUACUGACAAGGAUACUGAUGAAAGAAAAGAACCGAAAAGAAAGACAACUUCUUAACCACAGACAAUGACUCGAGUAACCAUCAAGCACUAAACCACAGAACUGUUAAAGACUCAAAAAUCAAAUCCAGCCUUUGAAUUGUGUGUUGCAGAACUUUGGAAUAUCACUAUCCAUACCGAAAAUCCAUUCUGCGCUGCAGCAUCUGCUUGGCACAACUGGCUAUAAAGUGGGAACAGUUGGUCAUACACAAGGGUGAGUUGAAACAGGUUAGAGAAACAACAGUGAUUGUCAUUGUAACACCUCAUCUGGCAAUUUUAGUGUGAUUGUUGUUACUGCUCCUAGAGCAGAAGGUGUUGCCAUUGCACACCCAUGUUUCAGUAACUGGGAAAUGUUCCAGUUUGGAAAAUACAAUGUGGACAUCAUAGAGAUGCUGAGUGGACACCAAGCCCAUCAGUUCAAAGGUCUUGGAUUAGAGCGACAACUACAACACCAGCAGCAAGUGCAGCUUCACCAGCACCAGUUGCAACAGCAACAGCAGCAGCAAGUAGAAACCUCUGGGGCAAUUUUGUCUGGACUUGGCUUAGGCCCAUUGCAAGGAUCUAGAAGCAGUGCCUUUUCUGAUUCUGCAUCAAUUUUUGCAAAAAUGAGUGCACCCCCCCCUCCUCUACAGCAGCAGUCACUGUCUUCAUCUUCACAAAGUUCAAGGAAGUCAAGCAAAAUGUCUGGAAGCAGUAGCAGUGGAGGAAGUCACGUGAGUGGGUAUCCUCAGUUUUUGCGUUCAUUUCAUCCAGCUGAGGCAGCCCUUGCACAAGAACAGCUACAUCCAGGAGUUGGGCGAUUUGACCAUUUUGCAGGCAGUAGUGGAAGUGGAGGAAGUGCAGGAGGAAUUGGAGGACUAGUAUCAUCUGUUCCACCUCCACCUCCCCCAUUACAUCCUGGCCUCUCUGUUCCCCAAGCAUCCCCUGGACCAUCCUCCUCUUCCCCAUCUCCUUCAAGUUCUAGCUCUAACAACCCUUCCAGCACUAGUGCAGUAAGUUCGCUUGGUCACCAGUUGACAGGAGCUCAGUCUGAUGCACGAAGCUUGCAUCAACAGUUUAGUUGCAUGCUAGCUGCUAAUCAGUAUUUUCUCUCCGGAGUACCAGCCAAUUCCAGCCUAGAGCAAUUUUUGGUACAGCAAGGAAGCCACAACCAUCUAGGUCUUGAGUCAAGUUCAGGUCUUGCUCCACCCCCUGCUCUCCACUCCUCACACACACAUAGCCACCCAACCACCUUGCCCCAGCCACAGCAGCCACCACCACAACAACAACAGCUGCCCACUCACACUCUGUCACACCCCCAUCCACAUCACCCUCUUCAUUCCUCAUCUCAACCUUCCUCAUUAAGCAGUUUUGACUUUCAAGGGAUCCCUGUUCUCUCCUCAAACCAGCUAGCAUCUCUGAUGCAACAGGAAACUGGUUUACCACUUCCUCUGCCCUUACAUUUGUCCCUCUCCAAGGAUGAUGGGAAAGUAGACAGUGCAGUAGGAGGAAGUGGAAGUGGAGGAGGCAGGAGAAAGAAAGCAAUGGCUGGGUACUUGCCUCAGCGGAAGACUGAUGGCAGCAGUAACACUAGCAGCAGCAAUAGUCAUGGCUCUGCAAAUCAUAACUCCAGCAGUAGUAGCUCAGGGGGUCUUAGCCAAGAUGUUACACCUGGCAUUGGUGGAGGUGGCCGUGUUGGUAUGUCAGGACUUGGUAGAGAUCCUCCUUCCCACCUAACCCCCCCAUCUUCCUCUUCAAUUGUGUCAUCAUCCUCUUCCUCUGCACCCACUUCUACAUCCGCAUCAGUUCUGGUGACAAACAGUUCUAAACCUGACAAUCAUAGCUCCAUGCACCCUCGUUCAUCUCAACAUGAACCCGAACCACUUUAUCAUUGUGGAGAGUGUGGAAAAACUUUCACUCACCUAUCCAGUCUGCGCAGGCACUUGCGCAGUCAUGAGUUGACCACUGCAGGCACAGCAGGCACAAGAAGUAACGUUGUAAAUCCUGUUUUGCAUCCUGCUGAUCCAAGUAUUCCUCACUCAACCCAGGAUAGUUCAGCAUCAUCUUUAUGUCAAAGUCCUGACAAGACGUUCCAUUGCUCAGAUUGUGGAAAAGGAUUUAAAAAAAAGGGACACCUGCUUCAGCAUGGUGUCAUCCACUCUGGUGCACGACCAUUUGCCUGCAGUACUUGUAGCCGUGCUUUUAAUCGGCGUGAGUCCCUCACCCGUCAUGAAAAGAUACAUGAAGAGAAGCCUUUUCGUUGUCCAGCUUGUGGCCGCUGUUUCCGUGAGAGUACCUCUUUGUUGAACCAUGCAGCCUCAGGCACUUGUGGCAAAUCAGGCAGAGGACCAAGACCGAAGAGUGAUAGUAGCAACUCUAUAGUUGGUGGCAAGAACAGUAAGACAGGGGCUUCCAGUGAUGGAAUGGUAACUAGUGCAGUGGGGUCUUACCGGAGUGAUGGUUACAAUAACUUCAAAGACCAGCGCUCUCAAGGCAACCUUUAUGCUGGAACGUCCUCAUGUGGUGGAGGCAUAGCAGGGCCAGCACUAAGAAAAGCACCUUUAGCUCCUACUCUGCACCCACACCCACAAAGCCAAAACCAGCAGCUUCACCAACAGCACCCACAUUUACCUCUCUCCGCUCUGCUGGAUGAUUCUGAAGAUGAUGUUACAAGCUCUGUCAAUAAUGCUAUUUCUGCUAUCACUGCUGCAGCAGCAAAUUGCAUGACUGGUGAGCUUAACAAUAGUGGACGGGGAGACGAUAGAAGAGAUAUAAUUGGGGGGCUACUUGGAGGUCUUGGACUAGGCCCUCUUGGCUCACCCGGUGGUCCGUCUUCAACAUCCGGAAUGGAUAAAUCAUUUAGAGGUGGUGAAAACCAGGAUACCCUGGCACUUCACCAACAGUCAAUCCAGCAGACACCAGGUGGAAAGCCCAAACGCCCUCGGAAGCCUCGUAAAAAGAAGGAACCUGGGGCAGCAGGUGCAGAGCCUCCCAAAAGACGACAGUCCUCCCAGAGAACAGCAGGGGGCCUAGGGGACGUUAGACCAUAUUUGUGCAGCAUCUGUGGUCGAGGAUUUGCAAGAAGAGAAACUCUACGAAGGCAUGACCGAAUUCACACUGGGGAAAAGCCUCAUCACUGUACGGUGUGUGGCAAAUACUUUAGAGAGGCUUUUCACCUUAGUAAGCAUCAUACAGUGCAUUCUGGAGAGAAAAACUAUAAAUGUCUUCUUUGUGGAAAGGAUUUUGGAUAUGCCCAGAGCCUUAAAAGACAUGGAAAGCUACACCAGAAAGGAGAAAUGGAAGAAGUACCUACAACACCUGGAGGAGAAAACCUUAACAAUUACCCAACUCCUGGUGGAAGCAUGAUCCAAGGGGGUCAAGGUAACUCUUCAUUCUAUCCGUACCCACAAGAUGUUAAACCCCAAGGGUCAAAUCCCCAUCCACCUCCGAGACUUUACACGUGUGCUAUAUGUUGGAAGUCUUUCCGUCAUCACUUCCAUCUUACUGCACAUCAUCAAACAGUGCACGAAGGCGGAGGUGACAAGCUGUUUUCUUGUGAAGUGUGUGGGAAGGCCUUCGCAUAUUCCAACAGCCUUACAAGACACAGGCUCUCUCAGCAUGGCCUAACCCGUACUGGUCAAGGAACACCUCAAGGGAGCACUAGUGUCACUGGAGAAGAAAGCAAUGUUGGUGGCACAGUAUCUGAGAGUGAAGCAGCCACAAAUGCUUUGCUCCAGCUUGCACCCACUGGUGGAAACCAAGGAGAAGAGGAUUCUCACAGUGGGGUUCUUCACAGUCACCAGCAUGCUCCACCACAACCACAAGCUGGGUACUCACCUCUUUUCUAUGAUGCCAGUACAUCUCUCCCUUCCUCCUCUAAUGCCACACCAUACUCCCAGCCUCUGCCUUCAAGUUCCUCCCUACAAUCCCAUCAGCACACAGGAGUAAAAGGUGAGCCCAUGUAUCAAGCUGGCCAAAGACAUACACUCAACCCAAACUUACCUGUCCACCCCCUUGUUCUGCCUCCAGCUGAGCAACAUCAGCACCAUUCUCUCACCCAGCAGCAUCCAGUUAAUAUCCAGCCACACCACCACCACAGCUUUCACAGUGAAGAAGAGCUAAGACGACGCAAGAAAAAAAAAAAAAGACGGAACGGGAGAGAGAAGAUAGGCUACGAAUGGGGUCAGACCACAAAAAUGGACGGGGUGCAGAUGGAUCUCUCAGCUGGGGAAAGGAAGAAAAAUGAGAAUAGAAAGCUUCAGAGAAGAAUGAGAAAAACAUUUCGUAGAAGGCAACGUAAAUUUAGGAAAAAAAUGGCUAUGCUUUUGCGGAUUAGGAGAGGUAGCGGAGGAAGCAGAGUUGUGUAUGAACUGAGCCCUUCAGGGGGACUGGAACUAUAUAGACUGCUCUCUUUUCAAGUUCCUCUUAAACGAUUCCCUUGUCCCUUCUGUUUUCUCACAACAUUUUCACGAAGAGCAGCACUUAUGGUCCACAUAGCAGCUAGACAUUGCCCAAGAGUCAGUUACCCUUCGGGUCGAUUAAGAUGUGCAGUUUGUGGAAAACAAUCUCGCAAAUUACUUUCAGCCCUUAUUCAUAGAAGCUCUCACUUAUCUAAUAGAGCAUUUUCCUGUAAACGCUGUCCUUCUCGUUUCUGGAACGCAGCACUCCUCACAAGACACAAAAGAACUUGUCGGGGAAAACUAACAGAACUGACACGAGGGAGUGCUCUUUGUUUGAAAUUGACAACAGGAAAAAUCUUUAAAAGAGGAGACAGUAAAGGGAAUAUUUCAACCCUGCAAAUACAGUACAGUCACUGAGUGUGCUUCAUUAAUCUUAAUGACUUCAAUAUGUAGUAGCAAGAAGGACAUUGUGUUUUGCAUGACAAAAAUAGAGACUAAGGCUUGGUAUCUGACCAUCAGAAGGUCGAUUGAUUGCUCUUAGUUUAUUCUUUUCUAUUUAACCAUCAUGGGUUCCUCACAUAAACUGAACUUCCAAACUGAACUGCUAAAAGCAAAAUUACAAAUGCUUUGCAGAUGUCUUUUAUAAAGAUACCAACAUAACAAACCCCAACUCAGUCUGCAAAAGGGUCUUAUACAAUUUUGUGUGUUGAACAACAUCUUGGCUCCUUCACUGACAAUAGGUGAAUUUAUAGUCAUUUUACUAAUACAGUAUUUCCCUUAAUGGUAAUACUCACUGUAAGUCAGCAGUUGCUCUGUAGAAUUAUUCUGUCGCUGGUAUGUAUAAUGUGUAGUUCACUUAGAACAAGUGUGGGGAUUUGAUCUUUGUAACAAUGCAUUAGUAGCAUAAGAAGAAAAGAAAGAAGGUAUUAGGAAGAUCAGUGUUUUGUUCAAAUCUGUGCAUGUUGAGCACUGGUCUUAAUGUGUUGGAUGAAUGUUGAUUAUUGGAUGGUUCCAUUUUAAAUACAAUUGGAAAUGUAUAAAAUGCAACUGGAAAAAAAAACAAUCCCAGAAUAAGCACUCCUUUUUAACCUUAAUCUUCAUGCUAGUGAGUAUUUGAGAGGAUCAGAAUGGAUAUAUCCAUCUUUGGAGUGAAUACUAGCAUGAAGAAAGAAGGAUCAGCACUUAAAUUGGAAAAGGCUUCCCGAAAUGGAUAAAUAACAACAAUAAUUAAAAAAAAAAAAAAAACAUAUGCAGCUCUGUUCAUUGAGAGCUACUUGUGUGCAUAGUUUAUUUCUUUAACCAACCACAACACAACAUCAGAGUAUUCCAGAGCAUGAAAAUUAUUGAGAAAUGGAGAAAUGUGGGUUAUACCCAUGUUCAGUAGUAAAUUAAGGUGGGUAAUAAGUUCUGCAGGAGUAGCUCUCGAAGAACAGGUUUGAAGAUACCUUAAUAACAAUAUAAUUCAAUAUCUAAAUUUCAGUAGAAUGAGGCAACAAAGCCUGUUCAGUUUGAAAUUUCACCUAUUGGCAUGGUGAAGCUUUUAUAUAUAGAGUCUAAGGUAGAAUUAGGAAGGAACAAGUGUACUGUAAUGUAAAUUGUGUCAAUAUUUUAUUAUUGUUAUGAUUUUUUAAACAAAGGUGAAAUAUGUUUUUAUCAUAGGUACACUGCAGGUAGUUUGGAAUGAUAGUGGAAGUUAUCACUUUCAUAUUUUACUUAAUGUAUUAUGUGUCGGACAUAGUCUGCCCACUUGCCAACUAUGAAAGCAUCCCUUAUACGUUUCUCUUAAUUUCUUAUGUAGUGAGGCCAUACUACCCAUAGCUCAUGUUUUUUUUUUUUGAGAAUAAUAAGUAAAUCAACAAGUAUGUUUCUAUCACUUUAUUUACCUAUAAUAAGCUGGUUGUUGAUGAUACCCAAGCAUUUAAUAAAAAUUUAAAAGCUUA